CGUAGAUCCAGACACAAGUAUACAUAAAACGAACAAACACCAGAGAAAGAAUUGAGGACACCAGAAGAAUCAACUUGGCUUGCAGGGACAUUUCCAGUAGACUGGAAAUAUUCAAAAUAGUCUCUAUUUUGAAUUUUUCGUUUCUCCAACUGUGUUUUAUAGAGCAGAACCUAAAAUAAAUCAUCGUUAACGUGAAAUCUAAGAAAAACCAACUCUGGACAAGCAGACAUUCUUAAAAUCUGCUUAAAAGUAGCCUCAUUUUAAUUUCAUAGCAGUUUAAUUUUGUGCACUCCUCCUAUUGGGCAACAGGCAGCGUUUUGUAACUGCACGUCUGUUCUUCGCUGCUGCUUCAGAGAAGACAAAAGCUUUCUGACCAUGGGACAUGACACACAUGGACUCAAUCUGCAGAGGGAAGUGGGGCUCAUAGGAGCAGUUUCCUUCAUUGGUGGAACCAUGAUUGGAUCUGGGAUCUUCAUUUCUCCCCAGUACGUCCUUUCCACUAUUGGGAGCCCAGGGGCCAGCUUCAUUAUAUGGUCCUGCUGUGGACUGAUAGCCAUGCUGGGGGGUCUGUGCUAUGCUGAACUGGGCACUAUCAUACCAGAGUCUGGAGCUGAGUACAUUUACAUACUGCGGACUGCAGGGAAAGUGGUGGCCUUCAUGUUCGUCUUCAGCUUCAUCAUGGUCAUGAGGCCGGCUAGUGGCACAGGAGUCGCUCUCAUCUUUGCUGAAUAUGCUGUGGCCCCCUUUUACAGCGGCUGCACUCCUCCACAGCUGGCUGUGAAGUUAAUGGCUGCUGUAUCAAUCUUGGUGCUGGCUAUAAUCAACUGUCUGAGCGUCCGCUUGGCCACAGGCAUCCAGGUGGUCACCAUGGCAGUGAAGGUGGUGGCCCUGGUGGUGAUCAUCCUGGGAGGCAUUGUGAUGCUUUUCCAGGGCCGCACUGAGAACUUUGAGGACUCAUUUGAGGGAACCAAUGCAGGGAUCAGCUCCAUUGGCAUUGCUUUCUAUCAGGGCUUGUGGUCGUAUGAUGGCUGGAACACUUUAAAUUAUUUAACUGAGGAGGUGAAACAUCCAGAAUCUGCUCUGUAGACGUGUCGUUUUGUGCUCCCUGCUCUCUCUCAACAUGGUGGACAAAACCCCAAAAAACGAAGGGCUGCAACUGAAAAGAGAAAUUGGAUUGAUUGGUGGAGUAGCAAUAGUUUCUGGAACCAUGAUUGGAUCUGGUA